GGCGCCUCCCGCGCAUGACUGCUUGGGGCGGCCAAAUUUGUAGAGCUGCCCCUGCUCACAGGGCCCCUGUUUUCCAGAAAAUGUGUCAAUAGCUCAGUCCAACUGUGAUUGCAGCUCCAGGUGCUGAAGAUAGACAAUUACUAUACAAAUCACACAUUGCUGCUAGAAACCUCGUCCUUCAUCAAGGUUCUCAAGCAAAUGCCUAACUUUAAGCAUGAUCAUGAAAGUUAAACUACAGAAAAUCUCACUAUGUGAAAUGCUUCCCACAUCUUGGGUACCCACAAUAGAAGAGAAAACGUUAACUGAUGUGGAAAAUCUUUAUGCCGUGUGGGGUGAAGGAAAACGUGCAAAUUGGCUUAUCCAGCUCUUAAACGAUUUGAUAUUUACAACUUCCCAGACUAAACAUAUAAACACGGAACUGCCAUUUAUUGAAUGUGGAGAUCCAGAAAAAUAUCAGAGGAUGAAACAGUUUCCAUCUCCAAGGAUUUUGGCAACACACCUCCAUUAUGAUAAUCUCCCCAAGUCUAUCUUCAAGAAUAAAGCCAAGAUACUAGUGUUGUUUCGAAAUCCUAAAGAUACAGCUGCAUCAUUUUUCCAUUUCUAUAACAAUGCCACAGAAGUCCCCAGUUAUAACUCCUGGGACGAGUUCUUCUCGGAGUUCAUGAGUGGAAAAGUCAGCUGGGGUUCCUAUUUUGACCACGCAGUCACCUGGAACAAACACAUUGAGGAUGAAAAUGUUAUGAUUAUAACAUAUGAAGACCUGAAAGAGAACCUGGCUUCUGGAGUGAAGCAAAUAGCUGAAUUCUUUGGAUUCUCUCCAACGGCAGAGCAAAUUCAGUUUAUUGCAGACAGGGGAAGCUUCCAAGCAAUGAGAGAAAAAUCCCAGGAGAUCUAUGGCUCAGUUGGUCCGAUUCUCUUCCGUAAAGGUGCUGUUGGAGAUUGGAAGAACCUUUUUACUGAAGCUCAAAGCCAGGAAAUGGAUGCUAAAUUUAAAGAGUGUUUAGAGGGAACCAAGCUGGAAGCACAUCUGAAGUAUGAUGUGCAUUGCAAGGCCUGAGAAUGGUUACAGAAAAGUCUCUCUUCAAUAUGAGCUUUAAAAAUUUUUUUUUAUCUACUCUAAAAGGAAUACUUUAAAUCAGGAUGAAUAUCUCAGUUGUAAUUUGUAGCUGUUAGUGUAAGAUUACAUUUCUACCAAGUUUGGUUCUGUCAUAUCAUCAGCAUGGCUUCAGUUCGAUAAAACACUUAAGCACAUGCUUAAUUUUAAGCACCUGCUUAAAUCCCAGUGUAGUCAGUGGGAUUACUCAUAAAUUAAGCAAGAGGCUUAAGUGUUUUGCUGAUCAGAGAUAAGAGUACUUGCUUUAAAUUAAAUUAUGCUUACAUGGUUUGCAGAAUUGAAGCUUGAAUGAAGAAGUGUUAUCUAUCGAUGUGUAGGUUGAAAUGUUGAUGUAAGCAAGUUAAGAGAGACGCAAGUGGCACUGCCCAAAAAUUCAGUUCACUGUUUCCGCUAAAUUGGGAAGUGUUAUGCAAAGACUAUUGAAGGCAGAGAAAUAAUGAAAAGAGAACUAGAGUGGUGAGCGCAAAUUAAUAUAAUAGGUGUAAAUUGGAACAAAGGCAUUUAGUGGGAGCAAGGUACUUGGAAAGCAGUGAUGGAAAAGAGACCGAAGGGUGAUUGUGGGCUGCUAGUGAGACAUGAGUUUGUAGUAUGACACUGGCAACGAAAAAGCCAAUUCAAUUUUGGGAUGCAAAUCCAAAGGUUUUGUAUCACGGACCAGGGAUGUGACAUGCCUUUGGUGUGUGACAGUGGGGAGAUUCCACCAGGAAUACUCCUGUAUUUUAGGACACCUAGAUACCAGAAAAACUUAACCAAACUGGGGAAAAUUCAUGGAAAAGAGACAUAAGUGAUCAGGGAUUUAUAAGGAAUGAAAUAGGGUAACUAUGCACUGUGGAUUAUUGUAUCUCCAUUAUUAUACUAGAACAGAAAGAGUGGAAUUGAUUAGAGUGCUGAAAUAGCUAGGAAUAAUGGGCUGAACAUGAGGAAAGAAAUGUUUAGAGUGCAUCUCAGAAAACAUUUCCAGAACCUUAACUGUGGAAGUGUCCCAGCGGGUUUCUACAGCUUCUCAUCGCGUGCGUGAUUUUAAAACUAGAUUGGAGAAAGCACUUGAGCAUGUACUAUAAAGAACAGUUCUACAGAGGCAGUGGGAUGGACAAGACCUGCUAGGCUUUUUCCAUCUCAGAUUUCUAUAGCUCAAGGAGCUAUCAGUCCAUGCUCACUGAUGAAAAUGAGCAUGGACUCUAAUAUUUCUAAUUUUAUUAAAAUGUACUUUGGGCUAGAUUGUGCAUUUAGACACAUCCCCUCAAGAGUCGUCCCACCAAAGCACAAUUCCUCCCUGCUUCACUUUUGCUCCAGGUAAGGAAUAAGUUACAUCAGCCCUUGAAAGGGUGUAGUUUACUUCUCCCUCUUGCACCAAGCCAGCUAUUCCACCAUGAGGGAGGGUAAGGGGUAGAGCUAAGACUCCAUCCCCUUGCUGUCCACUUUCUUGAAGCAGGAAGUAUCUGAGAGCAGGGGCUGAGCUCCACAACAAACCCAGACCCAAGAUCUAGCUAGGCUUGGGGCCUUACUUGCUCAAGUGAGUAAGACAAGGGCAUUAAUGUUGAUUAACUGCAUAGUACGCUACAGGCCUAUAAGCUUAAAUGUAUAUUAAAGGUAAUAUAUGCACAGUUGGUUUGGAAACUAUCAAUUCCAUGUGAUUAGUGCCAUUGAGUUCAACGGGAGUACUUGGAUGAGUAAGGACUGUAGGGUCUGUCCCUGUUUUUUAAACUUAUUUUAGCUGCAGUGUGUUGUUUGGUAGAAUUCUGUGUAGAAUGCAAUAAAGUAAGUAUUAGCAUUAUUCAAAGCUGAUUACGUCAUUGGAAAUCUAUUCACCAUGUUAAAUUGAUUUUUCCAAGAGAUUUGUUUAAAGCAUUCUAUAUAAAUGAAUCCUUUCUAACUGCCUGCCAAUGUUUCUGGAGAAAGAAUGGAUGUUGCAGACCUGAGGAGUUAACUGGACUUGCUGGUCUGUUCCCCUGCCCCUAGAUAGAUACCUGGAGAAUGUCUGGCAGGUGGAGCUCACCUCAUUUUUUUGCUGUUUUGUUUUUAUCUUUUGUUUCUGUAGGCGGGCGGUACUCACCCCUGC